AUGUCGCUCACACCGCAAAAGCUCGCUUUGAACAGCAGUCUUCUGGAACAACUCCAGGCACGAUUUCCAUCCGACACACCACCCAGUCCAUCAUCACCAAUCGCAAAAGGCAUCGCUGCACUUGAACGUCGAGCAUCAAACAGGCCGGUGGCUGGUCCUUCGAACAGAACUGGAUCUCCUUUCGAACGCAGUCGUACCGCACCACCUCUACCUCUUCACAUGAACCUCACUAUCGACACAACAUCUGGAAUCAUGAGUACAGCUUCCUCGCCUGAUCCUCUUACUGGAAGUCGUCGGGUGCCUCCGCCAUCGAAGGCCAAGAGGAGGCCCNCUAGCGAACUUUUCCUGCCCACACCUCAAACAGCAAGAAGCACUGGGUUCAGAUUCUCGACGAUAAUCCCCGAGGACGGUCUUGCAAUCAAGUCAGAGCCUGUGACACCGGCCAUUACAGACCGAGUACCCAUUUCCUUAUCGCCUCCACUAUCUCCUGUCUCUGCCUCCAUCGCCGAUGCUAUUAGCCGUGUCGAUGUGGGUGCAUCAGUCCAGAAUGCUAUUGACAAUCUGAGCAAACCCGAAGCAAAUCGCUUUAUCUUCCCUCCAUUGAGAUCUUUGACUGCACCACCUGCCAGCUUGCGUCGACAGCCGAGUUUUGCGUCGAUCAAGUCAUCUCGAUCUUUACCUCUGCGCGCACUGAGUACUCGUCUUGGCCGUUUGAGCCGCGCAGGAGGCAGUAGUUCUCGAGGUGCCGGAGUCAAUCCCAUUCUCUCGCCCAAGAAACGCGGCUCAAACUUCUCUGGUAUUGACAAGGACAUCACAGCUGACAGAAGAGUGAGCUUUAUGAUGGCAAAGCACAAGUUUAUCUUGGAAAGCGUGCUGGCAUCUCCUGUUGAGGAACAAGCACCUGUCAGGCCAGUGCUGAAGAAAGCCACAACGGGUGUUAUGCCUUGGCGUAAGAAGAUGAGAGGUGAAACGAUGAGCAUGCUGCUCGACUCUGGCUUCUUUCCGGUCCAAGAGUUUAUCUAUGAGAAAAACGAGACUUCGCCAUCAACGGCGCGCAGUCCGAGCAAACGCAAUCAGCUUGCUCUCAACAUUCUGGUCAAAGACUUGCCAAUUGAGCGUCCUUCUUCUAUCGUCAGCACACUAACAAACUUCUACCAACAAGGUGACAUGAGUUUGAGAAGGUCGACACGCAGCAGUCAACGUCGUUUACUGGGUAUCCGACGCAGAAUCCUUACUGCGGCUUCCGUCUCGAGUUCGCAAGUCUCACCUACGAUGAUCACUACCACUACAGUGACCGCACCUCCGCUAUCACCAAUGAGCCCGACAUCGCCAAUGACACCCACCAAAGCUCUUGCAGCACUGAUAAGAAGCUCUGAAAACAGUUUCAAGUCUGGCCAACUUUCACCCGGGAUUCUUGGAGUGAUUCCCGAAGACGGCGGCGCUAUUGCUGCAAUCCAGACCACUUCAUCAUCAGUGUCACACACAUCCAUACGCUCUAUACUUGAAGCGCCUGCUCUCCCCGACGCCACGGGAAGUGAAAUCCAUCUUUCCUCUGGCACAGUCCUCAUGGUCAAGACACCAGAGUCCGUAGCCUGGCGUCGCUCAGUCUACAUCCAGGGACCCAUCAAACUUCCCACCCCAGCGGUAGUGCCACGUAAAGGCAGCAUCGCCACCUUGGACCCUUUCCAAGAUGUCCUCGGCAAUGUGCCUGUGCCGCGCAGAAAGUCCGAAGACACAGCCAUCGACGACAUCUGCGAUUGGUACGACACCUGGCAACACGACACCGUCUCCUUCGCCGGCGAUGAGUUCAGCCUAACCGACACAGAUCUCGCCAGCACAUGGGCCAUGCAACCACUCACCGAAGAGCCAGAAAGUCCCAUCGAUCGCAGUGUGCGGUUUCCCUCGCCUGUACCUCCACUGGCAAAACAAGUGGCAGUUGCAAUGCUAGAACCAGGAACUUUGCGACCAGAGUCCCAAGCCAUGAAACCUCGGCCUAGAAUGAGUAUGCCCAUGGUUCCUCUACCUGAACUGCCAAAAACGCCUUCCUUGCGCACAAACACGAGCAGCGAGAAAGGGCAUUCUAGAAACAGCAGUGGAGAAACUAGUUACAAGAGCUCUAAUAGCGAUCCUAUCAAACGCACUGAUAGUAGAGGCAGUGGGAUGAGUGGUGUUUCUGUGGAGGAAAAGAGUUGGUUUGAUGCAGCAGAAGGUAAAGGCAAGAGACCAAAGAGUGUGCAAGGAACUGGCACAGAGCAGCUUAAGGCGAAACCGAAGAUGAGCAAGAUGAGGAGGUUUGUGCAGACUGCUUCUGCUAUUCUCUGA